CACAAGAACCUUACCUAGGCUUUGGUUUGGUUUGCAGUGGCAUUAGCAGCAUUGGUGCUGCCUGUGAUUUAAGUUGCCAUGUAAAUUGUAUUAUUGUUCUGGAAGGAGUAGAGUAGAGAAGAACAACACCGUUUGCUGAGGAAGGUGGUUUUGACUUUUGGUUCCAUUAGUGUCGGUGGUUCGGGGAGUGUUGCAGAAAUGAAUGAUUCCACGGCGAAGAAUUUGGCUAUCACGGAGAGGAAGGUGCAGCAGAAGCCGGGUGGUUGUGUUGGCAUUUUCUUUCAGCUCAUUGAUUGGAAGAGGAAGCUCUCCAAGAAGAAGCUCUUCUCCAAGAAGCUUCUUCCUCCAGCUCGUGCGAAAAAGUUCAAGGGGGAUGAAAAGAUGCCAAAUUCCAAGAUUCACUUGAUUGCUAAUGAGAACAGUGGAGGUUUCCCAAGUGCUAAUAAAAAAGGUGGGAAUCAUGGCUUAGAUGUAGAACAGAAGAGUGAAAUGCGAGUUCCGAGUCUGGUAGCCAGGUUGAUGGGUCUAGAAUCUAUUCCGACUGCUCAGCGAGACAAGUCCAAGAAAGCCUUGUGUGGUGAUGGGAAGAAUGAGUCUUUGGGUGGUGACCAUGGCGAGUUGGAUAGGCAAGGCAUGGGUUUGGAAAUGGGAGUUGUGAAGCAUGAUUCAAGACCUCAGAAGCUUCAGAAAACCGGGUCCUAUGAGAGAAGGGCAGUGACUAGGUUUGGAGCUGAGGCUUUCCAAAUUAAGAGUGUAUUAUCACGAGGAAGAAAAUAUCAUCACCAUCAUCAUCAUCAUCAUCAUCAUCCAAAGCUUGCUUCUUCUUUGAAGAGUCCGAGAAUUCCUUCCGGAAAGAGUGCUUCUCGAAGCUCUAGGUUAAUAGGAGCAGCUACUAAAAUUUUGGAACCUGGACUGCAAAGCAGAAGUAGGGCCAAAGGUUCUCUUACAUAUCCUGCUUCCAUGUACCCUCCCAAGACUGGUAUUGUGACCAAUGAUGUGCAAAAUCAAUCUUGUUAUGAAGCUGGCUCAUGCAAGCAAUUGAUGGAGCAGACCUCUUGCAAAAACUGUGGUAAUCUGCUAGACGUAGUUGACUGCAAGCUUGAGGUUGGGGGACAGCCACUGGAUCCUCCACCCGUUGUUUCUGAUGUGAUCACAGCUACCUCUAUGGAAUCAUCAGAGAAGAAGGGAAAGUCAUUAACUUCCCUUGGACAUGACAGAGAUGUAGUUCUUCUGAGAAGCCAGGAAAAGUUCAUAUCUCUUGAUACUGAAGAGAAGGGGAAAAAUAAUGCACAUAAGUCAUGGAAUGAGCCCACUGUUAGAAGAAUGUCAAUGCCCCAUGAUUGUCUACCUAAAUGGAAUUCAUCUUGCCAACCAUCAAGGACCCUGGAGGAUGAUGCAUCUUCUUUUCGCUCAAAACACAAAAUUCAAACACAAGAACAGAUGUUAAGCAGUGAAAGAUAUUCAUCUGGAUCUACAAUGAGCGAUAUGCAAGUAAAAGGGGUAUCAUCAUCUACGAGUGCUAUGAAUGGUGCUAAGGACUUUGUUUCUAUGAAUAGAAGUCUUACUGGUCGAACAAGGACAAGAUCACCUACCAAAGCUGACAGUUCUAGAUUUGACCUAGAGAGAAAACCUUAUAGUCGACAGCAUAAUUCUUUGUCUCACGUACGGACAUUAGAGAGAAAAAGAAGGAUCCCAAAUGCCACUCAACUAGAAGGCACAGGUUCUGUUUAUUCAGUUGGUCCAAAACAGAGAAAUCUCCAUUCUAAUGGAUUGGGUGGCAAAAGAAGGGACUCCAAUGCUUCCUCCUUGAACAAUUCCAUUAUAAGAAAUAAGCAAGUUGCUCAAGGAGAAAGAAUUAUUAAGGUUAAGGACAACAAGAUCAAUGAUGUAGUGUCAUUUACAUUUAAUUCCCCCCUGAAGCAAAAGAUAGGAGUAACUGUUGACAGGGAAGAGACAAGCACUGACAAUGAGAGUAUUAAAAGGCCUAAACCAUUGAGAGUUGAUGCUUUAGGUGUCUUUCUAGAACAAAAAUUGAAGGAGUUAACCUCUCAAAGAGACGAAGAAUUGGCUACAGGUGUUCCGCCUAAAAAAUCAAGUGCCAUGAUUCUUCAAGAGCUGAUAUCUGCUUUAAGUUCAGAGCAUUUGAUCUGUCAUGAUGGUCAUCCUGUGUUUAAUGAAAAUGUUGGUUUGCAUUAUGGGGAAAAACAAGAAAGGUUAUUAGGAACCUCUUGCAAUGGUAAUCAUCUCAGUCCCGGAUCUGUUUUGGAAGCUUCUUUUUCUUCCAGUAGUCUGGAUGAAAGCUCAGGGCAUUGUUUUCACCCUGAUUCCAUGAAUCACUCUUGUUAUGGUCAACUAGAACAUGAAGCUGAACUUUCAGAUUCUGCAACAUCCUUUACCAAAGGGAGGAUAGGUGAGAUACUGAGUGAUCUUGUCAGCCAACUUCCCAGGGCAUUGGAAAGUUUGCACACUUAUGGGACAGAAUUAACAAUAAGCAAGCUUAACCAUAUGAAGGAUAUUCUCUUGCAUACUGAGUUGGUGCUUGGAAUUACAACUGAUCGCAGACAGGAUGAAGGGCCACAACUUAUAAUUCAUCGGUUUCUCGUUGAUGAUCUUGAGAGCAUGACGAGUGAUACCAUGUGGACAGAUGUGAGUUGUGAGGAUUCUAAACAGAGAAAGGAACUAAAGGGCUUUCUCCUUGACUGUGUUGUGGAAUAUCUAGAAUCAAACUGCAGCCUUUAUUUUAACUCUGGAUUCAGGGCAUGGACAAAGUUACCUUUAUGCAUGAGAGCUGAGAUGUUGGCCAAAGAGGUGAAGAGGGAGAUCAACAAAUGGUUAUCUAUGGUUGGGAUGGUACCUGAUGAAAUAAUAGAAUGGGAAAUGAGCCACUCCUUGGGGAAAUGGACUGACUUUGGUAUUGAAGCAUGUGAGGCUGGUGUUGAUAUAGAUGGGGAUAUACUUCAAAUUUUGGUCGAUGAAGUUGUUGAAGACCUUGUAGGUUUCACUCAUGGCUCCAUCACCUUCUAAAAAGUUCAAUUUAGCUGAUCAUGCAACAUCUCACUAGUCAUUUCUCUGGCGAGAUGUAAUCUAACAAGGUGUAUUUUUUGUACAAAUAGGAUCAUGUUUUGAGCUCUCUGAAUUAGUGGACAAAAUAAUGUCCAGUGACCAAGUUUUUAUUUUUUUUCAAUUAUAUAUGGCUGUGAUUUGCCUAGUUUAGACACAAAAA